CAUAAUAUGUCGGUUAACCACUUGAACGUCAAAUCUGACAUUCUAAUUUGAAAACUUGAUCGUUGCUGUUGCGCGCUCCGUUUUCUUAUUGGAUUUCUUUCUCUUUGCAUUCGCGAUCCUUGAUAGUAAAACGUUGAGUCGAGCUAAUGCUCCUCCGUUCUAACUUCAGGUCUUGUGUGUGUUGAGAAAGUGACUGAGAUAGUGACUCUGUUAUACCUACGUGUCGUGUUGAGAUAGUGACUCUGAGAAAGUGAACUUUUACUUUUGUUUAUGUGCUUGUGUGACCACAACCAUGCCUCAGAAGAUCUGCUGUGUUUCUUCAUGCAAAUCAUCACUUCAAAAUGGUGCCAUUCUUCAUAGCUUUCCGAAUCCAUUGAAAGAGUUGGAAAAGUUUCGCACAUGGGUGAAAAAUGCUGGUAUUGAUGGAGAGGAUGACAAACAUAUAUUUGCCAACAGAAGAAUUUGCCAUCUUCAUUUUAAUAAAAUAUAUCAUUACCCGAAAAACAGAUUGAGCAAACUGGCAAUUCCAACACUGCAUCUUCCAGAUGUCCCAUCCAGUUACACAGCAGAGCCUAUGGACGUGUGUGAGCAGCAGCCACCCACAUAUAAAGAGAUCUAUUGUGGUCCUAAUACUAGUGCACCACAACCAACUUCUAAAAGGCCUCAGCCCAUGACAAUGGAUGACCAGCAGCCAAGCACGAGCACUAUGACUUACACUGGUGUUACUAGAAGUGCACCACAACCAACUUCUAAAAGGCCUCAGCCCAUGACAAUGGAUGACCAGCAGCCAAGCACAAGCACUAUGAUUUACACUGGUGUUACUAGAAGUGCACCACAACCAACUUCUAAAAGGCCUCCGCCCAUGACAAUGGAUGACCAGCAAGCAGCAAGCAAGCAGCCAAGCACAAGGACUCACAGUGGUGUUAUUAGAAGCCAUAUGUUCAAGAACCAAUUUGAACAAGAUCUAUAUAAAGCAGUCGCCAAAACACAAGCGGAACUCAGACGAUGCAAAAAAGCAAAAGCGGGACUAAUAGAGAAGUUACAAAUAGCCAAGAAAUUGACCCGUUCCAAAGCUUAUCAAUAUGUUACAAAAGACUUGUCACCAGCAGCAAAAACAUUUUUUGAUAUGCAAAUAAGACAAUCUACAAAACACCCCAAAGGACAUCGUUUCACAUUAGAUGAAAAGAUAUUGGCAUUAUCAUUAUAUAAACCUAGUCCAAAGGCAUAUCGCUUGCUGAGCCAAAUAUGUGUUCUGCCGAAAAAAACUACCUUGAACAAAUUAAUGACGAAAACAUAUUUAAUGCCUGGGAUAAAUGAUAUUAUCUUUAAUAAUUUAAAGAAAAGGGUAGAAAAAAUGCCUAGUAAGCAUAGAUAUUGCUCUAUAAUAUUUGACGAAAUGGCCAUUGCUGCCCAUGUUGCAUUUGAUAAACAUACCGAUAAAAUAAAAGGUUUUGAGGACGACGGAUUCGAACGCGAAAGAAAAUUUGCUGAUCACGUGUUGGUAUUUAUGGUCAGAGGAGUAUUCAAAAAAUUUAAGCAGCCUGUCGCUUAUAGCUUUUGUACUGGAUCCACAAAAACGGAGAAGCUCAAAAGGCAAUUAAAAACAGUAAUUGAAAACGUUUUAGCAACCGGACUCAAAGUCAUUUCGACAACGUGCGACCAGGGAUCCACUAAUAUGGCUGCCAUAAAUUCACUAAUAAAUGACACCAAAGGUCAUUAUAUAAGGCAGAAUCAAGAAUUUAAAGGGGGGUUUUUUGAAAUCAACGAACACAAAAUUUACCCACUAUACGACCCCCCUCAUCUUUUAAAAGGAAUAAGAAACAAUCUGAUUACAAAAAAUUUGGAAUUUACUCUGAAUGGGAAAAAGCGCACGGCAAAAUGGGCCCAUUUAGAAGCUCUAUACAAAAAGGGCCCAAGCUAUAAAGGCAUGCGCUUAAUUCCUAAACUUACCGCGCGCCAUGUAAUUCCUAAUUUAAUACCUAAAAUGAAGGUUAAAUACUGCACGGAACUUUUUAGUAAAACUGUCAGCGUUGCCAUGGGAUUUACAGCAGGUAAACAUUUAUUUGUACUUGCCUUUUAUGCCAGUCAUCAUAGUCACGAAUAUUAUAAUUUAUAACUUAGUUUCUACUGCAAGAGUUUCAUGUCAUCUGCUUGGAAAUAUUCCAUGAUUUCAUAAUGUCUA